UGUAAACAACCUGCUCUCACACUCGGAGACUUUCGGCUUUCUUUAACAUCUCGUCAGGAUUUAAACUCGGAUAUUCUGCUGUCCUCGGGAAUCCCAGCAUCCUUUGGAUAUUUAGAAAACUUUGAAGAGUCGCAUCAGCACAACAAUGAGGCGGAAAUGGCUGCUGGAGCUGAGCUGCAGGUCAGGCUUCUGCUCCCCUCUCCACCCUGCUGUCACAGAUGGCUUCGGUCAAAUUUCUGCUGUUUUUGUCACUAAUUUCUCUGUCUACAGCUCUGCAGCAGGAUGUGCAGGUGAAGCUCGGAGAGGACGUCACUCUUCAGUGUCAGAUCUCCAAACAUGAAACCAUCUCAGUGCUGAAGUGGAGCAGACCUGACCUGAACACAGACGGCUACGUCUACUUCUACAGGAACAGGCGCUCCUAUCAAAACUACCAGCAUCCAUCUUUCCACGGGCGAGUGAAGCUGAGGAACCCGGAGAUGAAGGACGGAGACUUUUCUCUGAUCCUGAAAAACGUCACAUUUAAUGACGCUGGGAUAUAUGAGUGUCACAUAGCAGUGAGGAACCCUGUGAGAAGUAAGAGAGCUCACACUGAGAUCAGCCACUUCAUCGAGCUCACAGUCACAGGUGAAACAAACAAAGACACGUUGGAGAAGCUCAUCAUGGAAAGAGAAGAUGCUGAUGGAAACACUGAUGUUGAGCAGGUUGGAACUCCGACUGCCCCGCUGGUUGUUGCUGCUGUUGCUGCUGCUGCUGCUGCUGUCACUGUUGUAGCUGCUGUGGCUGUUUUGUUAGUUUUGCUCCUUAAAAGAAAUAAGAAGCAUCUGAGUUUGCUUCCUACUGAGGAAUAAUCUGGUCUGAAACAUCCUGCUGAUGGAGCAGAAAUGUGAAAGCUUUGCUCACCUUAUAUAUACUUAUAUACAUAUAUAUACUUAUAUAUAUUUAUAUACUGCUCAUAUCUCAUGGUUCAGCUUAAUUUCUGUCCCAGGCCAAAAAUUCUCUCAACAACAAAUUUGAACUACAGAUUAAUUUAGAGUGUAUAAAUUGAUGGAUUGAUGAUUAAAAAUUAAAUAUUUCAGACAGUAGUUAUAAUUAUUUUUAUCAGAAAAAACACCUGAAACGUGUUUUACCUGAGACAAUAAAACAUUAGGAUUUAAUUAUAUAACUGUGUAAUCACUGCAGCCUUUAAACACU